CUGCAUGUUUAGUGGUAUUGAUAGUAAAGUCUAUGUGAACCGUGGACUUCUUCCACAAAUAAUAUUGCUAUUUUAUUUGUGAUAAUGGUGUUCGGUGACUGUAAUCGAUUGGUCCGUCUUGAAUUAAAAUAUGUUUGAAGAUGAUCUCGCUCUGUUCGCAAUAUACCUAGUGCUGCGAAGUUAGUUUUUAGUAUUAUAAUCUUAGGUCAGUGUCGGUAACAGGGGAAUGUUCGUAACGUGUCGUGUGUUAUAACGUUUAAUGGGAGCAACUGAGAAUAAAUAUUCUACAAAAAGUGGUUUGCCAAUGAGAAAGAGCAUGGAAAGUAAAUCGACAAACAAUCUAUUGUGUUCAAACUGUUCACAAACAUUUUCAGUUAGAGAUCCGCUACAUCCCCGUGGUUUGCGCUGCCCUCUUCUGCUGCACUGUGGUCAUUCAGCAUGUGAUAACUGCAUACGCACAUCUUUGCGUAACUCAUAUCUGGUAGUGUGCGGUAUUUGUAAACAUGAAUCAGUUGCUGCACACCAAAACGCUGAUGUAAGAUUGGAUUUCCCCUUAAACCUGUAUCUUCUUGGCGUAUUUGCUGCUCGAUACUGGGACCAGGGACCCGAGGAUUCAAAGGUUAAAUUCGUUCCUUCGGCUGCAACCUCAUCUAAUCGGAAAGCCUCAACAUCAAAGGGUAUGCUACAAAAUCACAAACUCGAAACCUGUGCAGAAUGCGUGGAACGCACUGCAGAAUGGAAAUGUCGUCAGUGUGAGGCUCUUUACUGUGGCCAGUGUUUCACAAAGGUUCAUAAAGCAGCUAGAGCACUGUCAAACCACCAGAAAUCUCCAUUAGAUGAAACAUAUCAUCAUUCUGUAUUUGAGACAUUAAUCUGUAAAGACCACAAAUCACAUAAAUUAGAAUUCUUCUGCAGAAAUUGCAGUGAAUUGGUUUGUUCACAUUGCGUCAUCUGUCUUCACCAAGGACAUGAUGUCAUCACAAAGAAGCAGAGGAAUGAGGAGAAUUUGCCUGAGCUUGAUAAUGCAAGAGACAAGGCUGUUGAAGUAAUGAAGAGGUUACUGCACACACAGAAGAAACUGGGGGACGUUUUAUUAGUACCUACAGCAAACAAGAAGUUAACGCCAGUGGAACAAUUGGUGACACGACACUUCAUGUACCUUCAUGGUUCGCUGCAGCUGUUGGAACAGAAGCUGAUGGACAGGCUGAUGCGAGCCAAGACUGAAAACUCAAACAGAUUGGAGUUAUUAGUGGACGAACUAGACUCGAACAUAAAACAUGUACGUGAGGUACUACAAGAAGCGGCUGCUGCUAGAGAUCCGUCAAAUUUAGACAAAGUCGAAGUGUUGGAAAUUACCGAGAGACUUUUGGCUGUCCAGCAGCUUCCCAGUCAUCUUGUGACUACUGACGGAACCAGCGCUGAUAUUUCAGUCAGAUUCACUGUGGAUGAAUCAUUCUUGGCUGAGAUAGAUAACCACUGUCAGUUGGAGAUAAAUGUCGAUACUUCGUAUUGCAUCGUAAAAAGCAAAGACUUGCCAGAAGAUUUUGUCGUAGAGCCAGUUUAUGAGGACUCUGAAAACGACGCAGCUAUGUCAGUUAGUUCCUGCACUUCUGAAGCCACGUCAUACGUAGAACAGGCUGAUCCCGACCAAAAGUGCCAUACCGCAAGCAGUAUUUCGAGUACAGAUGCAAGAUUUUCAGGAAAUAUUAUCAAAGGCAGCUCAGACAUUGUGACGGUGUGUCAUUUACGUGACCCAUCGAGUUUUUAUGUUCAUCGUGCAGGAGAUGCUGCCACACUUGCGAAUCUUUGUAAACAGCUCAGCAAACAUGCGCACACUUUCAACACACCUCCAGAGUCUGUGCUUAAAAAUGGUCUGUAUAUAGUGCAGUAUCAGGUUGAUGGAAAGUGGUAUCGAGCACGUGUUCAAGAUAAACGGCCUUCAUCGCCUGAGAACACAACGGACGAUUUGCUGGAGAUUCUCUACAUUGACUAUGGGAACACUGAAGUCGUUCCUUGCACAAAGCUUCGCUGCAUUCCACCAAGAUUUGCUCAUACACCAGCAAUGGCUCUCCAUUGCUCACUGUUUGAUUUGGCUCCGUCAAAUGACAAGUGGUCACAGGAAGCUGUUAGAACAUUUGCAGUGAUGGUGAAUGGUCACCGUGUAAAAAUGGUUGUAAUGGAGCACAGUGCUAACACAUACCAGGUUGACCUGUGUCAGGUCCCUGGAGAUGCCCAGGAUAGCGAUGUUCCUGUCUCAGUUCGAGAUGCCCUGGUAUUCCUAGAGUACGCUCACUUCAAAGCCGAAACGAAGCAAACGGUCACCCUAGCUCAGAGAACUAGUAAUUACUUCCAGAAAGACCAUUUUAAAAUGGGAGAAGUUAUGGAUGUUGUUGUGAGCCAUGUUGAAUCACCUCACAAUUUCUAUGUACAAAGGCUUGGAGAACACGCUCAAUACCUGACAUCUGUAAUGAAGGAUAUGAACAGAGAGUAUGCAAAGGCUGGAAACAAAGGACUUGUAUAUACCCCUUAUGUCGGCAUGACAUGUGCAGCUCAAUACAGUGUAGAUAAGAAUUGGUAUCGGGCCAAGAUCAUAGAUCUUCCAGGCAACAAGAUGUUAGAAGUGUUUUAUGUAGACUACGGCAAUCAGGAAGUCGUGCCUUGGAACCAGAUUCGAAAACUACACACGAGAUUCCUGCGUAUAGCCGCACAGGCUGUUCACUGCUCUCUGAGUGAUGUUGUACCAAAUCAGGAGCACUGGGUGCCUGGUGUAAGGGAGCACAUAAUAAAGGUGACAGCCAAAAAGGUUCUUCGCUUGUAUGUAGAUGAGGUGCAGCGACACCAGCUGAAAGUGACACUGUAUGAAUCACUGUCUGAUGUCGAUUUGUGCGUCAAUGCUCUUCUGGUUAGAGAUGGUUUUGCUACCAGUGUAGGAGUAAGUUCCAGUUUGGUGGAGUACCAUAAACUUGAUGGUCUGACACUUCCUCCAUUACCUUGUAACUCUAAGCAAAUGCAACCAAAAUUCACCAAAAAUAAACCAAUUGCAAAUGUGAAGGCUCAGCAUGUGGAUGGUGGUGCUAGAGAUGUGAGCGUAUCUGAACAAAAUGGAGCAGAUAAGUCUGAAACAGUGGAGGACCCAUUUCGCUUGGAAGUGAAAGUCUUGAGCUGCCUUUCACCCAGUUGUAUCUACGUGACACUUGCUAGUCAGGAAGAACAAAUAAAGAACUUAAUGUGCGAGCUUCAGGAGUACUAUGAAACUUGCCGCUCUCAUGUGGAUAAGUGGGAAGUGAACAACAAAUGUUCCGCCUUUAGUGCACGGUACAAGCAGUGGUACAGGGCUAUUAUUGUGGAGCUGCUUCCAAAUGAGCAAGCUAAGGUGUUCUUAAAGGAUUUUGCUGAGGUAGAAGUAGUUCCACUGGUAAAUUUGCAGCUUCUUGAGCCACAAUUUUUGGGCAUACGCGAUGGUGCAAUUAAAUGUCACUUAGCGGGAAUAUAUGCUGCGGGAGACAAAAGAGAAUGGCCGUGUCUGGCAUGUGAAUUCCUUGCUGAACAAAUUGCCAAAUAUUCAAACAUCUACAUCACUAAAAAGGGUGACAUAGAAAAUUUUUCACUGCCUGUGGAUCUGUGGGUAAAAUGGGUGAAGCAAGGCGGACCCUUAGAACCAACUCAGGAGGAAUGGCUCACGCUAAAUAAGAAAUUAGCAGAACAGGGCCUUGCCAUUCCUAUCAGAAGAGAAUCUGAAGUUGAAAGCAUUCCUUCAUUACACGUACUUAAAGAACUGGAUGAACAAAGCCAAAGAGCAAAUGAGAAAAUUGUUGCACACUCGUUACAGCCGUCUGUUAAGAUGGAUUGCGGGCAGAACGAUGAAGUGCCUCCAUGUGUCAGCUGUGACGACAGCUUCAGCGAUGCUGAGGACGGGACUGGAGACGAGCAAGAGGAGCAGCCUCUGUCUCUUGCACAGUCCGACUGGCUCCCCCCAGUACCAGUCACUAAGAAGGAGUUCAUCGCUGCACCUACAUAUGUAGAUGAUGACUGCUUUAUUUAUCUUUAUGACAUGGAGAAAAGUGCUGAUACUCUUACUGUCAUUGGAAAUGCACUCCAUUCACGCUUCAAAAACUCUCAACCUAAACCUCAUGAUCAGUAUUGGUUUCCAGGCCAACUGUGUAUUGUACAGUAUCACUCCGAUAAGAAGUGGUAUCGUGGCAAAGUAGUCGGGGUGAAUGAAAACCGAACGGUUAAAGUUAUGUUUGUCGACUAUGGUAAUACUGAAGAAUGCAAAGCGUCAGAAAUGCGUAAGAAUGUGUAUAUGGGUCAUAUUCCAGUUCAGUGUUAUAAAUGCAAGUUAGAGGGAAUUAAGCCGGCUUCAGAGGAUGGCAAAUGGCCUGUGUCAACGUUGGACUUCAUCCAUGUAACCAUUGUAGAAAAACAGUGCCAUGUCACUGUGAAGCAGGAACCCAGAAUAGGUCAGCCUCUUCUGAUUUCUUUGAUUGGGCCUGGUGGUAUAAAUAUCACAGAACUCCUUGUGAGCAUGCAAUUUGCGAUAUACACCAGUCCACCUGAAAUUUACGUGAAACCUGACUCUGAAACUGGUACGUUAGAUGAAGAGACAAGCGUUAUCAUUGAAGAUGAGGAAGAGACUGAAGAUCAUGUUGAAGAUGAAGAGGCUGAAGUUAUUAUUGAAGAUGAGCAAGAGACUGAAAACAUUGUUUUUGGUGAGGAAGAAAUUCAAGAUGAAGUUGAAUACGAAGAAACUGAAGUUUCAAAUGGAGAGGCUGGAAACAAUGAAAGGAAUAUUAGUGAUAUGAAAUCCCCAGAAUUAGACGUGUCUGUACAGUGGAAUGAUCUCAUAGAUCAAGAAGAAGGAAAACAGGUUCCCAAGAAAUCUACAGGAAAGGAUCUAUGUUAUAAGCAUUUGAAGUUACCAGACAGUGAUUCCAUUGCUGUGGAGGUGACAGCCAUUUUGUCUGCUACUGAAAUGAUUAUACAUCCUUGCAAAGUAAAGGGCUCUGAGCUGCUGAAAAUGAAGGAGGAAUUUGAGAGACUUUCAGAGAAUUUGCAAGAACAUGCACAAUCUCAGCCAUUAGUCAGCAAGCCAUAUAUAGGACAGCCGUGUUGCGCUCGGUACACUGCAGAUGAUCAGUGGUACAGGGCUGUUGUUCUUGCCGUAGAAUUCAAAGGGACUGAACAGAAAUUUCUGAAAAUCCAGUUUGUGGAUUAUGGAAAUGUAGAAUACCAACCCAUUGAUAAAGUACAUGUACUGAAGCCCGAGUGGACUGCCGUGCCAGUGCAGGGUCUUCGUUGUCAGAUGUGGCAUAUUCAGACACCACAUGAUUGUGAUCCAGAAGUGCUGUUCCCCAAGCUGAUGGAAUUUCUCUUUGAUCCACCACUAUUAGCCAGGAUAAAGACUCGACAGCCAUCAUUAGAAGUGGAAUUGUUCACAAUUGAUGGAUCUGCAUUAAUACUGCAGCCUCUAGUGGAUGCAGGCCUGCUCAUAGCAGAAGAGGAGAAGAAGUGUGCCCUGUAGUGCACUACCUUAUACUUUUUGCAUUUCUGUAAAGUUAAAAAUGAAGAGAUGUGUACCACUGCCCCAUCACACAUCAUUCAACUCCAUGUUUUGCUAAAGUGUGACGCAUUUAUGUGGUAUUUGGCCAAAACAUAAUAACUGCAAAAUUACAACUUUCCAGGAGUAUUUUUAAAGUUUCAGUGAUUAUGACAAAUCAGAUAUUUGUAUUACACAAAUGAAAGAGCAACCAAGAUUCAGUCAAUACUCAUACUUGUCUCAAAAUGGCCAUUUUUCAGUAAUGAGGUUUUGACCGAACACCACAGAAUUAAAAGUACAAUAGGGGGCAGCAGGAAAAAUACCACAAAUUAAUCUUACUGAAUUUUGAUAAUGUUAAUUUCAUGUUAAGUUACACAUAAUUCCAGAUUAUUUCUGUUUGUGCCCUAAAAAUUUCAUUGACAAACUUUGUGUCAUGAUUAAAUUAAUAGGUUUUAUUUCAUUCUUUGUUAAUUUUUAAUUAUUAUGUCACACAAAGCAUUGAAAGUACAAGGGCUAAGAUCAGUUUUGAACAUGCAACAAAAUAUUUUUCUGUUACGUAUUAACGCUGCGUGCUCUUGGCAAUUUGUUCUUUCAGGACAAGGAUACUCUGACGUUGUUCAGGUGGUAGCAUUGCAAUCUGUUCAUCUGAUAACUGCAAGACUUGCAUGAUGAGUGCAGCCUGAAAAGAAAAUAUUUUUGUGAUUAAUGUCUUAUCUGGAAUUAAAAACUCCAGAUAAGACUAAGACAACAUACAUAUAUUAAUUCCUUUACUAGGUAGUCUAUGUAAAUUACAUGAGAAAGAACAGGACACUGAAGAAACAAAUGUACAAGCAUUGUAAGCACUACCAAUUUCAAUGUAUUAUUUUGGUUCUAUAAAUAUAAUUAUUUAAAGUAAUAAUUGGAAAAUCUCCCCAGAAA